AUGAAAAUCACCAUCAAGAAGAUAAGCGCAGAACGCAAGAACGACAGCGACAGGACUAGAGAUGCAACUGCUCCUUUGACGUCGACAGAGGUCUCCUUGCGAAGUUUGUUUAGUGCGAUAUCGGAGCGAGAAAGAGAUGAAGAACUGUAUUUGUGGGGAUACUAUCCGUGUUCCCACCUGAUGGAACGUCUUGCAGCGUGGCGCUGCGUCUCUCACGUCGAAAACGCGCUCAGGCCGCCCAACGACGCGGCAACAGAACACGGACAAGACUCAAAAACGCUAUUUGAAGCCUUGAAAUCGUUGAUGCACUUUUUUCUGUCCGUUACGUCAAUGUCCUCCGAGAUGAGCGGCGAUUCUGCACAAGAUGAAGCAGCGCACGCGCCAGCAGAGUUCGCACAUGUAUUAGCAGGUGGAGAAAGCUUACUAGUAGGUUCGUCGAAGACUGGGGUCGACAGAGAUCUAAGAACGCUUCCGGAAUGGUUACGCGCUUUCCUGAAGAGUCGUCAGCUAGCGAGCACUCUGGCGCUGGCUCUGGAAACUGCGAGAAAGGAAGAGAAGGAUGGCGAGCAAAUGAAAGACAUGAAUAAGAAGCAUGUAGUUGUCGACAACAACAGCGUCUCCAAAUCAAUCGAAAUACUCGUUGCUAAAAUUGUCUACCUAUUUUUGAAUGUCCGUGGCGCGGUGGGGCUAUUUGACGCCGUGGAGGGGGAGAACCUCCGCGUCGCGCUUAAUGCUCCAGAAGUGCGCACUCCAGACGAUUUCUUUGCGCUCUUGAGAAACACCGAAUUGCCGCCAUUGCGAUAUGCCCUGUCGGUUGAUCACGUGAGUGAGUCCACCGUCAAGGUCAUCUCUGCCGGUCAAGGAAGAGAAGGAAGAGAACACAGCGCUGGGGCCACGUCGAGCAGCUCUUUUGAUCGGGAAUUUCGUGGCAGUCUAGCAGUAGGGUCACCGCUGGUUAAGCCGCAGGCCAAUGGCGGGAAGCCACAUGCGAGUUUCGAUGGUCCGUCUAGGCGAGGAACAUCCUCAACCCCUAGUAGGGGAGGCGCCUUUAUACCGUCUGCGGAGGCUGCGGAUGCACAACUAGUGCAAGCGCUUCCCGCAAUAUUCGGUGCCUACGCCUUCGCACA